UGCUAGGGUCCCCCUGAUCUGUUUCGAGGUUGUGGAGAGUCACCUGCCCGACCGAGUCAUGAGGCAGUUUGGACUACGCCAGACUAUCCCACAGGGGUGUGACACUAGUGUACAGCUUCACGGCAUUGAUCGUCGGGGAAAGGGGGAGACCAGCUGGGCGCUGGAGCAUUGGCGUUUCCUUCAGCUAUGGGAGCAACGGUUGGAGUUCAUCGUUGGAGGUGAUCUAAUGCAGGAGGCUAUGGAUCCCGACGAUCCGUACAUGGUGUGGUACAGGCGUAUCACACGACGCUUCAUCAACCCCAGCUACGCACCACCAUCCACACAUUACCAUCCAGCAUAUGACAUCAUUAGCGGAUAUGCGGCGGAUAUGGUGGCGAUGGUUGAUGCGCUAUCAGUCUCCCUUGAGUGCGGACCCACUAGAGCCCAGGUCGAGCAGGUGCGAGAUAUGGGCGUCGCUACCUUACGGAGAUAUGGUCACGCUCAUCUCGCCCACCGGCGGGACGGUCAUGAUGGCAACUCACAGUUCGAUCUCGGCCAGAGCAGCGGUGGAUGUGAUCCUACGUCACCCAGACACGCAGAGGAUUACAACAUCCACAGUACUGCGCCCUCUGGUACCCAGGAGGACCCCUCGUCCAGUCAGCUGACUCCCCCACCGCCCCGAGACCCAUUCACCACCGUCACUCAUUACAGGCGGCGACGUGUCAUACGGAGGGCCGACACUCAGGAGGCAGGACCUUUACCCCGAAUAAAUGAGUCGGGCUAGUAUUAUCUGUUGUAUUCCCUGUUAUUUUGUGUAAUGAUGUACAUAACACUUAUGAAAUUAAUAUAAUAAAUCUUUUUUGAAUGACUCCGUGUGUGCUUUGAAGUUAAUUUGGUGGUUGGACUGUUGUUGGGCUGUUUCGAGUUUUCUGCAGUGCUUAAAGUUGACGGAACUCCCAGAAUAUGGUGGUGGUACGUGGUGGGGAGUGGCGGAGUUGGUGGUCGACGGUGGUGGGGUAGGGCUGUGGAGCUGGCUGUUGUGGUGGCUGUUGGAGGACUGCAGCAUGCAAGCUGUUUGCUGAAGCUUGUUUCUGCCUGGAUGCUGGUUGCUGUUUCCAGCAGAAAAGCGCUGUCUGAGACAGCGCUUUAUGUUCAAGCAUAAAGCGCUGUCUGAGACAGCGUUUUAUGU